AAAUUUGUCCUUCGUGUUGGGUUAUUUUGGACAUGGCUUAGAUGCAAUAUCAUAAUCCCUUUUUAGACAGAUAACACGUUUCGCAAAUGCAAAUGCAAUCCGUCUGCGUGUAGCAUACGGACGUAUUUGUCAACAGUGCUGAUUAAUAGCUGAUCAUUACAAACCAAAUGGAAUCCCAUACAAUACAUUCGAUCCUUCGAUUUCUAAUCUCAGCAGUGCAUGGGAUGCAACCAAACCUGUCACCAAAACACACCCCAACGGAUGGGACCGAAAAUUUCUACUAUAAAAGUUCCUCGUGCUAACGAUCAACUGGUCAGUAUUCGGUAAAAGAUUCGCAAGAGAAACACCCAUCAAAAUGCAGCUGCACGUAAUUGCUUUUGUUGCACUAACAGUGCUGAUUGCUACCACUGGGGCAGUUCCUAUUGAUCCCGUAGCAACACCGUACAUCGUUCAGUACGAGAGCAACAACGCACAGAACGAAGGAUACAGCUUUGAAUACGAGCUGAGUGAUGAGCAGCGUCGUAAGGAGCAAGGUACCCUCCGGUACACCAAGGACGAGGAAGGAAAAGAUGUGCAGUUUGUUGUCGUCCAAGGACGUUACUCGUUCGUUGCUGAUGAUGGCCGUACCUACUGGGUGGAGUACAUCGCAGACGAGAACGGAUAUCGUACCCGGAUGGGCACUGGUGACUACGAUACCGAUCGUAAGCUAGACACAAGAUUCGGCCCUGCGCUUAAGUAGCUUCAUCAACAAACCGUACGUUCCGGCGCAUUGAUUAAUGGAUGGAAAUUUGCACCAUCUUGAAUAAAAACGUAGUCAAACGUAAAGGAAGAACAAAAAACUUCUUUGUGUGAUUUAAAAAUCAUUAAUUUUGCGAAUCGACAUUGAUCAUCGCUCAUGCUUGUCGUUGU